ACACCGAUAUCAGCAGCGCGGACACACACCCACUCAUAAACACACACACACACACACCCACACACACUGGACAGGUGAGUUCACCUCAGUUACCUGUAGAUUUUACUGCGAGUUUACUGUGAAACUGAAGUAAGUUGUUUGACUGAACUCAAAGAGUUUCACGAAAACCGAAAGUGAAAGCGACGCUACGACACACACAGCAUCACCGCACUACAAUGUUCAACAACAGUGAUCAAGUGAAAGCAUGUCUAGAUCACUCAAACAGCAGUGAAAACUCUUCUGAUCGGCCUUCAAAAGGAGCAUCUAAUAUAAACCAGCACUCACCGUCUGACUCCAUGGGGAACAAACCUGCUGCAUCUGCAGCCGAAACAGGACAAAAAAAACCUCCUGCGUCUGCUGAAAAUGCAGAGAAAUCUGGGGGUCGAGACAGAGAGACUGCGAACUCAUCAUCACAAAGCUCAUCUGAAGGUGAUUUAAUGCAGGCGUCACACACUUCUGGAUCAGAAUCGAGAACCACACUUCCCACUUUUCCCAUCAGGAACCUGCAAAGACUGGAGAACUACACCAUGAACAGCUCCACGCUCCUGUGGAAAGGCCACACCGUGCUGGUAGAUAUGAACUGGCUGAAGCAGGGUGUAAUCGCUCCUCGACAGGGUCAGCACGUCUGGGAUGCUCAUCAUGUGAAGCUGCCGCACAUGCAGUCUCCGCAUGCGCCACGCUCGUCUCAGCCACGCUGGAAGGCCAUUCAGCAGGCGCUGCGCAAACUCACGGCCUCUUCCUCCAUUGGAGACAUACAGACCGCGAUCAUGUCCUACAACUCCAGCAACAGAGACAAGUGGACAUUUGAUGCCCUUUAUUAUUAUGGCAGGAAUCUUCAUGAAAAUGAUAAUAAUCUUCAUCUGGUGAUCCCCAAAAUGGCCAAACUAGCGACAGAGUUACCGUCUCUUAUCAUGCAGUCCAUUCCUCUCCUGCGGCACAAUCAGAAUCAGGCCAUCACCCUCUCUCAGCAGCAGAUCUCCUGUCUGCUGGCCAACGCUUUCUUCUGCACUUUCCCUCACCGGAACGACACCAGUCCCGGCUCUGAAUACGCCAACUACCCCACUAUAAACUUCAGCAGCCUCUUCGGUGGCCCGAAUGAUCAGUCAAAGUUAUCUGUAAAGGCUGAGAAGCUGAGAGCCAUAUUUCAUUACUUUAACAGCGUGACCAGCGAAGAGAAGGAUCCAGCAUCUAAAGCAGACGGACUGGUCACUUUCGAGAGGGUCAGUGUUCCAGCAUCAGAACUGCCCAAGUGGAAGAGUGAGAAGAAACUCCUGAAGAAUCUCCACAUUUCUGCUGACGGCUCCAUUGAGAAGGAAGGCACAGGGAUGCUGCAGGUGGACUUCGCCAGUAAGUUCAUUGGUGGAGGUGUGCUGAAGUCCGGCCUGGUGCAGGAGGAGAUUCUGUUCCUGAUGAGUCCAGAGCUGAUCCUGGCCAGACUCUUCACUGAGAAACUGGACGACCACGAGUGUGUCAGGAUCACAGGGCCGCAGAUGUACAGCCUGACAUCAGGAUACAGCAGGACCUUCAGCUGGACGGGGCCAUAUAUGGACUGCACUAAACGAGACAUGUGGAAGCGGCGUUAUCGUCAGAUCGUGGCCAUCGACGCGCUGGACUUCAAGAACCCGCGAGAGCAGUACAGCAGAGAGAACAUCACUCGAGAACUCAACAAGGCGUUCGUGGGAUUCAGCGGACAGCCCAAAACUGCCAUCGCUACAGGCAACUGGGGCUGCGGAGCCUUCAGAGGAGACCCCAAACUCAAAGCUCUCCUUCAGCUGAUGGCCGCAGCAGUGGUGGACCGAGACGUGGCGUACUUCACUUUUGGGAACACACACCUCGCAAACGAACUGCAAAGAAUGCAUGAUAUCCUGACCCAGAGGAAGGUGACUGUGGGUAACCUGUAUGAGCUGCUGAAGGACUACUGUAAACACUACGAGCACACACACACACCCACUGACCUGUACAGGUUCAUCAGAGACAAGAUCGGCCACAACAGCAGCUCACUGUGAAGAGGAACACACACACACACACACACAAACACACACAUAGAGACCUCUACAGGUUCAUCAGAGACAAGAUCGGCCACAACAGCAGCUCACUGUGAAGAGGAACACACACACACACACACACACACACUGACCUGUACAGGUUCAUCAGAGACAAGAUCGGCCACAACAGCAGCUCACUGUGAAGAGGAACACACACACACACACACACGCACACACACACACACACUGACCUGUACAGGUUCAUCAGAGACAAGAUCGGCCACAACAGCAGCUCACUGUGAAGAGGAACACACACACACACACACACACACACUGACCUGUACAGGUUCAUCAGAGACAAGAUCGGCCACAACAGCAGCUCACUGUGA